ACAUUUGUCAGUUAUUAACGUCAACUUGUCAAACACCGUUUCUCUCCAUCCUCUGAGUUCUGCAAAAACUUUAAAAAGAAAAGAAAAAAUUUAAAUAAAGAUCCCUCCUGGAUCCAAUUCUCACAAACUCUAAUAUUAAUAUCCUCCUUAUCAUUUCACCAAACACCGUACCGUCAAUUAUUACCUCCUCUUUAUUUGCCAUCCACCGCCCGCCCAACAAUUUCAUUCUAAUUAAUCAAAUACCUUAAAUUCUUAAUUUUUGAUUCCUUGAUUUUCUAAAUUUCUACUCUUUAUAUCUACCCGUCUUGUUUCCUCUUUAUAGUUCACUUCAAAUUUCUCAAUUUCCUAGCCCUAAGGUUCCCAAUUUGUACGGGUAUUUCUAGGGUUUUUUUUUUCUUUAAAUAUACAUAUAUAUAUGUGUGUGUGUGAUGGAUUUUAAUUUGGUCAAGAGGGGAGUUUACUUGUCUCCAAGAAGGAAGAGAUGGAUCCUUUUGCUUGCAGCGCUUGGUGUUUCUGGUUAUGGAGCUUACAAGGUCUAUAAUUUGCCUUCUAUUGUCAAGAAAAGGAAAAGAUAUAUGAAACUUUUUGGAGCCCUAAUUUCAGUAGCUGAGUUGGUCUCUGAUUCUGCUGAUACAAUUGGUAUUGUUUCUAGGGAUUUGAAACAGUUUCUUCUGUCUGAUUCUGAUCAAAUCCCUAACAGCUUUAAGCAGAUUUCUAAAAUUGCUAAAUCUGAUGAGUUCUCCGAGUCUUUGACUAGGGUUUCUCAGGCUUUGACUGUUGGGAUUUUGAGAGGUUAUAAAGUAGAGUCUAAUAAUCAUCAGUUAGCUUCAGGUCUAAAGAAUUCUAGUAUUACUGAUAAGGUUAUGGAUAGGGUUUUUUCUAAAGCUGGUACUGGGUUUGCUUCUGUAGUUGUUGGUAGUUUUGCUAGGAAUCUUGUUUUGGGGUUUUACUCUAAUGUGGGUGCUGGUGUGGAUCAAAGUAGGUCCAAUUUAUCAGAUUUGCCUAAGUGGGUUGGUGUUGUUUGCGAUGAUCGGUGUAAGGAACUUAUAAGUGAUUGUAUUCAAAAGUUUGUGAGUACUGCUGUUGCUGUUUAUCUUGAUAAGACAAUGCAGAUCAAUACUUAUGAUGAGUUGUUCUCUGGGUUGACUAAUCCCAGGCAUCAAUCUAAUGUGAGGGAUAUUCUGGUUUCUGUUUGUAGUGGUGCUGUUGAAACCCUAGUUAAAACAUCUCACCAAGUGUUGACAAGCUCAAAUUCAAAUUCGGGUGCUAAGUGUUCAAUUGUUGAGCAGGCUGGUGAAGGAUUGAGUGCGAGCGGAGAUUUAUGUUCGAAAGAUGGAAACACAAUUGAUGGGGUUCGUGGUGGUGCUGGAUGGGUUGGCAAGGUGUCGUCUGCUUGGGCUGUGCCAAGUAAUAGGAAGUUUGUGCUUGAUGUUACUGGCAGGGUAACUUUUGAAACGAUAAGGUCGUUUGUGGAAUUCCUGGCGUGGAAGAUAUCAGAUUGUUUGAAAAGAAGUAUUAACGUAGUACAUGAAGAGGUCAUAGACAGGGGACUCGAGGUUGUUAGAUACUUUGGGGCAAAGUCAUCUAUUAUUGUUACUGUUUGUCUGGCAUUAUAUUUGCACAUUCUUGGUGGCACCAGGAUUCUUUUACCAGCUUAAAUUGAUGAGCAUGUCCGUUCCUCGUGAUGCAGUUCUGUUUAUCAAGAUAGAGAUGUUGUGUAUGUAUAUAGAUCUUUGUACCCUUAGUUUAAAUGCAGUAAUGAGCUUAGAUUUUCAUUCUUUUCAUAUUUGGCAGUAGCUUCUAGAAAUUCUUUACUAUGUCCCAUUAUUGUUAGAUAGCUUCUCAUAAAUAGAACUGCUUUUUUUUUUUUUACCCUUGAAAAUGAUCAAUAUACUGUUCCUCUAUAUUUGUGCAAGAGGAUUUAUUCGCAGUGCUAUAUUAUCGUGGUUCAUGUUGAAAUAAAGCAACAGUUUUAUA